CCAAUGACUCAUGAAACUGCAGUGUAGCUGAAGCUAAAGCUCUAUUUACUCAUUCCAAAAUGACAAGACAACAAUAAACUGAAGAUUUUUCUGCAUUUCAGCUUCUGGAUGCAAACUUCUUGGAUUCUUUGAAGAAACGGGUUGAUCCAUAGUCAAGAAGGACCCUAUUUAUCAUAAGUUGAAGACUAUAGCUAUCUCAAUAAACCUGCUGCACAACUUCUGUUGCAAUGUCUUUGUUGUCAAGAUUACGCUGUAUCACUGUGGAUGUUACUGGUACUCUUAUGGCUUACAAAGGGGAGCUUGGUGACUACUAUUGCAUGGCAGCCAAAUCUGUUGGACUGCCGUGCCCUGACUACAAACGUGUGCAUGAGGGCUUUAAACUGGCAUAUAAAGAGAUGGCAACAAAGUAUCCAUGUUUUGGUUAUGCAGCAAAGAUGCCCAACAUUGUCUGGUGGAAAACUUGUGUUAGAGAUUCCUUUGUCAGGGCAGGAUAUGAUUAUGAUGAGGAAACAUUUGAGAAGAUAUUUAAACGCAUAUAUGCAUCCUUUGGUUCAUCUGCACCGUAUACUAUCUUCCCAGAUUCUAAACCAUUCUUAAGAUGGGCACAUGGACAGGGUCUAAAAGUUGGGAUUAUUAGCAAUGCAGAGUACCGUUAUCAGGAUGUAAUUCUUCCAGCUUUGGGUUUGAGCCAGGGAACCGAGUGGGAUUUUGGUGUUUUUUCUGGUCUUGAAGGCGUCGAGAAACCUAACCCAAGAAUUUAUGAGAUUGCCCUUGAAAAAGCUGGAAAUAUUGCUCCUGAUGAAACUCUGCACAUCGGAGACAGCUUUCGCAAAGACUAUCUCCCUGCAAAGGAAGUGGGGAUGCAUGCAAUACUAUUAGAUAGGUUCAAGACACCUGAUGCUCAGGAAUGGAAAAAAUCCGGUGCCCUUGUGCUUCCUGAUUUGGUCGCAGUACAGGAUGGACUUACUUCAGACAAGUUAAACUGUUAAAAAAGCCUUCUUUUCACCAAAAAAACAAGUUGUCCUUUGUACAAUUUUUAUUUUUUAAUCUCCUUUCCAUUUAUGAAUAUUAUUACUAGUGGUG